UUCUCCAGUUUCCAUCUUUCUUUCCUCUGCAAUACCUUGCGCUGACUUUUACAGAAAAUUGCAAUGGCUGAGGUGCUGGUUGGAGCGUUUCUCACCCCCGCCAUUGAGGCGCUUCUUGAGAGAUUGGCUUCUGGUGACAUUCUUGACUUCUUCCGAGUCAAAAAGCUGCAGGAUGGCUUCUUGCUGAAAAAACUGGACGUGACCCUUAACAGUCUCAACAAAGUCAUUGAAGAUGCUGAGGAGAGGCAAUACAGAGACCCUUAUGUGAAGCGCUGGCUUGAUGAGCUCAGAGAUGCUGUGUUCCAGGCUGAGGAUCUGCUGCUUGAGAUUGCAACCGAGGCCUCUCGACGCAAGCUCCAACUUGAACUUCAUCCCACUACAGCAAAACAGAGGGAUGAGCUGGGGUUGAAAGAUGGUUCUGGCGCACUGACUCAAGGAGGAGUGAUUGUGAAGGGGAAAGUAUUCAAGAGAUUGCCGGAAUCGUCAUUGAUAGAUGAAGAUGAUAUCCUUGGUAGAGAUGCUGACAAAGAGAAACUAAUCAAUAUUUUAAUGUCGCCCAACGAGGGUGGGAAUGGAUCCCCAGUGGAUGUGAUUGCCAUCGCAAGUAUGGGUGGGAUGGGUAAGACAACUCUUGCGCGGCUUGUUUACGAAGACAAAAGGAUAACAGAAGAAUUUCAACACAAAGCUUGCGUAUGCAUUUCCGAAGAGUUUGACCCUGUUCAAGCUACAAAAGCGAUUCUUAAAUCACUUGAUGGUAAAAUUGAACUUGAACAAUCAGAUGAUUUAGAUCCACAUCAGCGUCAACUAAAGGACACGUUGAAGGAUAAGAAAUUUUUCUUAGUUCUUGAUGAUGUAUGGAAUCGGGAUCAUACUAUCUAGGACUCCUUUCGAAUUCCUUUCAAAUCUGGAGCUCCAGGAAGUAAGAUUCUCAUUACAACACGUGAAAAAUGUGUCGCAGAAGUCAUGUGGUCCAGAGAUAUUUAUUGCCUGGAGCCAUUACAAGAUGAAUAUUGUUGGGAGUUAUUUGCAAACCAUGCAUUUAGCGGCCAAUGUGUUGAUUCAGAACUUGAAUCAAUUGGUAGAACAAUUGUUAGCAAGUGUGGAGGCUUGCCUUUGGCAAUAAAGACAUUGGGAAGUUUGCUGGGCACAAAACCAACUCCACAAUAUUGGGGUGAAAUUUUGAAGAGUGAUAUUUGGUCCUUAUCAGAGGACGAGAGCAAGAUAAUCCCAUCUUUAAGGCUGAGCUAUCAUUAUUUACCUUCUAAUCUCAAGCGUUGCUUUACAUUUUGUUCCAUCUUUCCAAAAGAUUACUUGAUAGAGAAGGAUGUUCUUAUUCAGUUGUGGAUGGCUGAAGGUCUGUUACAUUCUGCUCAAACAAGUAAGAACUUUGAAGAAGUGGGCAACAAAAUCUUCAAUGACCUACAAUCCAGGUCAUUUUUUGAACCAUCAAAAAAGAAUGGCAAUUACUUCAUGAUGCAUGAUCUUUUGAAUGAUUUAGCAAAGUCUGUGAUGGGAGAGUUUUGUGUUCAGCUAGAGGUUGGUCGGGUGCAAGAAAUUUCAGCGAAGGCUCGAUACUUUUCAUUUAGACGCAGAGCAACUGAAAAUCUGGAAACUUUUAAGAAUUUCAAAUGCCACCAAUUACGUAGUUUCAUCCUAUUGGAUGGCUACGUAUUUUUUGACGAAAAUGAUAGACUAUCUAGACUUUCUCAUCUCAAUUACAUACGAGAGUUAUCUUUGGCGGGAUGUACAAAUUUCCAAGAGUUGGUAGAUGAUAUUGGCAAUUUAAAGCACUUGCAUUAUCUGGAUCUUUCUGAGACUUCAAUAGAAAAAUUGCCAAAUUCAAUGUGCUUGCUAAUUAAUUUACAAACAUUGAGAUUAAGGGAUUGUCAUUGCUUGGUUGAGUUUCCAUCAAAUUUUCACAAGCUCAUCAACUUGCGUCAUCUUGACUUGGAUGGUUGUGAUUCCAUAAAAAAGAUGCCAAAACAUAUGGGAAAGUUAAAUCAUCUCCGGACAAUGAAUCAUUUUGUUGUGGCAAAGAAAGGAGGAGCAUGCUUGAAGGAACUAGGUGCCUUGAACCAUUUAAUGGGUUCACUGACCAUCUCGCAUAUGGAGUACAUAAACAAUCCCAUGGAUUUGAGAGAUGCCAAUUUAAAAGAAAAUUUGGAUAAAUUAUGUCUAAAUUAUAAGUGGUAUGACUAUAAUGGUGAAGCAGGACCACAUCGAGAAGACAUAUUAGAAGGGCUUGAGCCAAAUAAUAAUUUAAAAGAGAUCAUUGUUGAAUAUUACGGAGGUACCAAAUUGCCAACCUGGUUGGGUGGUUCACACUUUUUACCCAAUUUAGUGUCUUUAUCUUUGGCACGUUGUGCCAACUGUGUGAACUUACCAUCACUUGGGCAGCUACCUACUCUGGAGAAACUUGAGAUUACAAAAUUGCAUGGACUAAAGGUGAUAGGGGAAGAGUUUCAUGGGAAUGACUCCUCCAAUGCUCCAUUUCGUCGCCUUUCAUAUUUAAUAUUUUAUGACAUGGAAGAAUGGGAAGAAUGGAGUAUUUGUCGGGAAGAUGAGAGUUUCCCGUGCCUUCAAGAGCUUCAUAUAUAUAAUUGUCCUAAAUUGAGAAAGUCUCUACCUCCACACCUUCCUCGUUUAAAAAAAUUAUCCAUAAUUGGCUGUAGAAAUAUGGAGGCAACACUUCCCAUGUCUUCUUGCACGGAACGUAUAUGGUUGAGGAGCUGUUAGAAGAUUACAGUAAAAGAUGUGCGCACAUGGAGGGAAUUAACACGGCGAGAUCGAGGAGGCAUGCUUUCCGCCCUACCAGAUUUACCACUCUUCAGAGGCAUCGUGGAGAAGAUCACCUUAUUGUCUUGGUAUAUGGUUUUGGGUGAAAAUCGGUUGAAAGAAAUUUCAUUUAGUGAUCAUGACUUUGAAGAUGGGGAGUCCUUCCCUGAGGAGGGCUUGCUGCCGUCCAGCCUCCAAUCUCUUUCAUUCUCAGGUUGUCACAACUUGAGAAGAUUAAAUUACAGGGGUCUUCUCCACCUUCAUUCCCUUGCUUCCUUAUCUUUUCGAGACUGUCCAAACAUGAGUUUUGAAGGCAUGCCAGAAAAUGGUUUCCCUCCAUCCCUUUCUCAUUUAUCUAUCCAAGAUUGUUCGUUGUUGGAGGAGAGGUGUAAAAAUCAGACAGCACCAGAUUGGCCUAAAAUUGCUCGUAUCCCUCAUGUCUCCAUACGCAGAGCUUGACUCUCAUUCUGCUCAAAGACAUUCCUAUAGCUAAUAUCUCAAGUUUCUUGGAGCAGAACAACAUCAUUUAUCAAUACUACUUAUUCUGGAAAAGAUUCCUGAAGCUCCAUUCUGCAGUUUCUUAGAACAGCACAUGAAAACUGCUUGUGAUGCUUGAAAAGGUACUUCCUCUGUAUUAAUCCUAUAUGCUUAGCAAUUCUCUGCACUUUUCCAUUUCUCAUCAUAUGCUAUAUUAGUUCAUAUUUGGCCCAAAAGAAAAAAGAAAAAGAAAUCGGAUCACUGCUCCUUACUAAUGGUCAUUUCUGUUAAAUUGAUAAUUCUCAAAUAAAUGAAUGAAUGGAUCAGAAGUGUGGAGUGAGAUAUAUCAGAGAAGAAUUUUGGUGAGGAAACAUUCUAUCUUUUCAAGUUGUGUUGUCCUAAAAUCUGUGUCACCAUAUGACUUCUAAGAAUUUCAAAACAUGGCAACUUAAUUCGUCAGUCUACUAACUUGGUACUGUUGGUUAUGUCCUCUAUUUUUCAGUGCCAUGCCAGCUGAGUUAAGGGAAACUUCAUAUGGCAUAUAUGAAUGUCAGAAACAAUUAAGGAAUAUAUGCCAGAAACAAUUAAGGAAAUAGAAUUCAACUUUGAGCUUGUUGUAUGAUGGGAGCUGAGACAACUUUUAGAAUGCCAGAAUCUCUUUUUCUUUUCGCUGGUUAUUUGUUUCUAUGAUUUAUUUUUCGCGUAUUUUUUUCUUUUCUUUUUUUUUUGUUUGGUUGGUAUUGUGUAUUUUUUAUUUUAGAAAGUAAUAGGCUUUAUAGUUUUUAGAUGGUACUGAUGAUCUUUAAAAUUUUGAUGUAUUUAUUUUUGUUGAUUGUGUAACCACAGUAUUCCUCCCCUUUGUUGAUUGGAGGCACUGUCCCUUUUUCUUAAAAAAAAAGGGAGGGGGGAUCAAAGAGAAAGAUUUUCUCUCUCCCCUCUCCAACUCAAUCCUAGGAAUAAGAAAUGUGUAUGUUACUUUUAUGGUA